GACGCGCUCCUGCCUCUGCGCCGCCACCAGCGCCGCCAGGGUCCCCGGUCCCCGCCGCGCUCGCCACCGCGGUCCCCGCGCGCCACCGCCGCCACCGCGUGCGUCCUCGGGCCGCUCCCGCUGCCUUCGCUCCCGGCAGAAACUUCUUCUUUUGCUCCCCAUUAAAGAGUAUUCAGGCUGAAGGAUCACUUUGGGAUCCGGAGAACCCGAAGCGCCUGGAGGGAACCGAAGCUGCUUCUUUCCGCGUUUUCUUUUUUUUUGUUUUUGUUUUUUUUUGCCCCCCCUCCGGGUUUAGGUCGCAGCCCGGAGGAUUUGGAUCCCUUUUUUUUCAGAAUGGAUUAUUUCCCCGUGAUUUUCGCUCUGCUCUUCGUGGCUUUCCAAGGAGCGCCAGAAGCAGCGGUCCUGGGUGCCGAGCUCAGCACGGGGGCCGAGAGCGGAGGGGAGAAGCCCUCUCCCAGUGCACCCUGGAGGCCCCGCCGGUCCAAGCGCUGCUCCUGCUCUUCCCUGAUGGAUAAAGAGUGUGUUUACUUCUGCCACCUGGACAUCAUCUGGGUCAACACUCCAGAGCACAUUGUUCCAUAUGGACUCGGAAGCCCUUCUAGGUCCAAGCGAUCCUUAAAGGAUUUCUUUCCUACAAAGGCAGCAGACCACAGGAAGAGAUGCCAAUGUGCUAGCCAAAAAGACAAGAAGUGCUGGAAUUUUUGCCAAGCAGGAAAAGAACUCAGCAGGGACCAAGACACCAUGGAGAAAGGCUGGAAUAACCAAAAGAAAGCAAAAGACUGUUCCAAGCUUGGAGAGAAGUGUCUUCAUCAGCAGCUAGUGGCAGGAAGGAAAAUAAGAAGGUUGGAGGCCAUCAGCAACAGCAUCAAAACAUCUUUUCAUAUUGCCAAGCUGAAAGCCGAGCUCUACAGAGAUAGGAAAGUGACCUACAACCGAACACACUGAUGGCAGGUUGUUGGGGCCUGUCUGAAGCCUCCUCGUCCACCGAGAGCCCUGGGCCUGACUCUGCGCUCUCUCCAUGCGGCUGCGAUCAGAGCAAAUGUGUCCUCUCUGCUUAGACCGUUUCUUGUUCCAGACUGGCACAGGACAACUGCGCUCGGUGCAAGCAUUCCAGGAAGGACGAAGGAGUCCCUCAGCCCAUCUUCAUUUGCCUCCAUCAGUGGUAACUGCUUUCGUCUGUCUCUCCUCCUUUGGGGUGACAGUGGGACACGCAAAGAAGGCAGAGAGAUACAGUGACCUGCAAAUUAGGGUGGCCUCCUCCAGCAGGCGGUGGAGAGGAGAUUCCACGUGCGGGUGGAGUUCCCGAAGAGGGUCCCAAGGGAGUGUUUGUGUCUCACUCAGGCGCCUGGCACAUUUCAGGGAGAAACUCCAAAGCCCUGCAGAGAUUUUUCUAAGGAAUGCACAAAUUGAAAACACUCGAAGGACAAACACUCGAGUAAAAAAAAAGAAAAAGAAAAAAGACUUUGUUUUUUUUAAUUCAUAAAAUGCGAAAUCGAAAGAAACUGUUACUACUGUAAAUCAGGAUGAGUUUCAUGCAUAUGCGUCUACCUCACCUACAUUGCACUCUGGUGAAGUAUUUCCCCACCUUUAAUUAUUGCCUCCCCAAGCUCUUCCCCCUCUAAAACCCCCAUACUAAAUCCUAGCCUCGUGGAAGUCUGUCUAAUGUGUCAAUAGUAGAUAUAACAUAUUCAUGGUAAUCUACUAGCUUUGUUCCAUAAGAAAAAAAAACAUAUCAGUUAAAUCAGGAGAUUCCCUUACCUUGAUUUUUGGAAACACAGUGGUAUAGGGUUGUUUAGGAGAGACGCUGAAGGGUAAACAUUGGUGAUGCUUUAAAGGCGAAAAUUAUUUUCCUUUAUGUAACUGGCUCAUGGAAGAGGUUGGAUUACAUUUUGAUGUACUUAUUUUUUUAUAGAUAUUUAUAUUCAGACAACUUAUUCCUUAUGUUUACCAUGUUAAAUAUAUGUUUGGGCAGGCCAUAUUGGUCUAUGUAUUUUUUUAAAAUGUAUUUCUGAAUGAAAUUGAGAAAAUGCUUUGUUUUGCCUGUCAAGGUAAUGACUUUAGAAAAUAAAUAUUUUUUUCCCUACUGUA